UAUCUUUGUUGCACUUUACUUGAGUCUAGCCCUAGGUGGAGCUACGUUCGACUUCUGGGGAAUUCGAAAUUUGGUGUGAAAUAGAAUAAAGAAAAAGAAAAAACAUGCGCAAUGGCACUUACAGAAAUAACCUCACCACGUGUAAACAAACAACAACAACAACAAACCUUUUCAAAUUCAAACUUCUUGCAGUUUGGGUCGCAGUACGCUGAAUAAGUUUUCCUUUUUUUAUAAUACAAAGUGAGUUCGAGUAUGGCUGCAAAAAGUUGUAUAGUCUGUGGAGACACCGAGUUCGAAGUGAAGAAAUUAUUUUGUUUUCCAUCAAAUCCAGGAAGAUGUGAAUCGUGGAUGAAAAUUCUAGGUUUCAAAAACACCCAAUUUAAAAAACACCAUCGAAUUUGUGAUAAGCAUUUCAGCAACGAAGCUUACAUGGACUUGAGGUUAUUAAAACUGAAGAGAGAUGCUAUUCCUAUAGCAUGGGUAAUUCCUUCAUUUCCAGUUCUAGCAAAAGAGGGAGACACUAUGCCUUCUGUAAUUGAAGACGUAUUUCCAGUUGAAUCUAGUUCUUCAACAUUAUCUUCAUCAGUUCUAGCUAAAGAGGGAAACACUAUACCUUCUUCGAAUGAAAAGGAAUUUGCAUCUAGGACUUCAACAAUUCCUUCAUCAGAUGCACAAGAUCCUACCCCUAGCGCAUCUUCAUCAGCAUGCCCAAGUACACCACAUGGGAGGUCUAGGGCGAAGAUAUUCCGUAAUAUUGAUAAUUUUACCUUAUCAAAUUCUACCCCUAGAAAGAUGAAGUUGGUUGAUCUUAUUCGGAAAAAGGAAGACCAACUACGCAAAGUUAAAGCUCUGUGUAAAAAGAGAAACCACACCAUCAAUAGUAUCACGAACCUAUCUGAUGAGGGAGUGGUAAGGAACCUUUUUAAGGACAUGCCGUCAGUGACGGCUAAUUUUAUGCUAUCCCAAAUCAGGAAUUUUAAAGCAAAGAGUGCCAAUGCACGAAGAUGGACCCUUGAUGACAAAAUCAUUGCUCUUUCCCUUUUCAAGAGGAGUCCCCGGUGCUAUAACCUCCUCAGAAAAUUUGCGGCCCUACCAAGCAAAAACACAAUAUUAAAGUUGUUGAAAAUGGUUCCGUUCAAAGUUGGAAUCAACGAAAGCAUUUUCAAUCAACUGAAUGAGAAUCUCCCCAAGGACAUACAUCAGAGAUGCUGUGCCCUUUUAUUUGAUGAAAUGGACAUCAAAGAAGGUGUCCAGUAUGAUAUGGGGGAAGACAAAAUCCUUGGUUUUGAGGAUUUUGGAGAUACUAAUUUCAGUAAAAGGCUUGCCACAAAAGCGUUAGUGUUCAUGCUGGUAGGGUUGGGUAAAAAUUGGAAGCAGCCAGUGGCCUACUAUUUCAGCCAUAGGGGUUGUAAUGCUGCAGAGUUGAAAAAAUGUCUAUUAGAAGUUCUCUCUGCAGCAAAACAUGUUGCCAAAGUGGACGUUGCUGUUACAGUCUGUGAUAUGGGUACAAGUAAUGUGAGGUGCAUCAAAGAACUUGGUGCUACUAAAGAAACACCUUUCUUUUUUUUUGAAAACUCAAAAGUUCAUUGCAUGUUUGAUCCACCUCACUUAUUGAAAUGUACCUAUUCUCUAUUUCGUAAGCACAAUGUUAGUCUUCCUGUAACCAUUGGCGAAACCAUCUUGAAUAAAGUUGCCAAAUUUCAGGAUGUCAUUGCAGCUUACGAAAUAGAUAAUAGAAAUACAAUCGUUUUCAGGACUUUAUGGAAAAUAAAAGCCACAUACCUGAAACCCAUAUUGCAGUAUGCAAUGAAGGUGAAUAUAGCUGCCAAAGUAAUGAGCCACACAGUUGCAGCAUACAUAUUUUCCUUGAUUAGUGCAGGGCAAAUGAACCCCGAGGCCAUUGGGACUGCUUCCUUCAUAAAAGAGGUGGACACACUGUUUGACAGUAUGAAUGGCAAGUCAGAUGAUGGUCCCUUUGGGAAAGAGCUGAAGGGUCCAUUGAGUGUCCGCUCACCCCACAUCCAAUAUUGGGAGGAGGAAUCACAAAGGAUUAAAAAGUGGAGCUUCAUUCGAUACACCAAAACUGGCACCCUGAAACAAUCCAUGCCACCUUCCCAAACAGGUUGGCUCCAAUCGAUCAAAGCUGUUCAAGGGCUCUGGGAGUAUUUGAGGGAAUUGGGUUUCAAAUCCCUCAAAACAAGAACUCUCAAUCAAGAUCCAUUGGAGAACCUGUUUGGACAAAUUAGGUAUGGUUGUGGAUGCAAUGACAAUCCUACAGUUCAGCAAUUCAUUGGAAGUUUGAAAACUCAACUUCUAAAUGGAUUGGUAAGCCAAAGCUUUCGUGGGAGAAAUUGUGAGAAGGACGACAAUGAACUUGUCUGUAAUUUGAAGUCAUUCCUCAAUAUUCCCCCUCAAAGUUUGGAAAGGGAAACUGUAGAAGAGGCUUCUCUGACUAAUGAAGCACCGCAAAUAUCAGUAGAGGUAUUGUCUGCUGAAAUUGCGGGAGAAGUUUCUUCUGGAAGCCCCAAGAUCCUGUCUGUGGCAUAUGUGGCUGGAGCCAUUCUUAAGGUGGUGAAAAAACACAUAUGCUGUUCCUUAUGUGAUUCUAUGCUCACAGCUUCAGAUUUAGAGCCACAAAAUUUAUUUAUAAUGAAUAAAGAGUGGUCUGAUCAAAGAUCGGUAUUACUGUACCCAAGUGAAAGCUACACUGUUUCUAUAGGUUGCGGAAUAACAGUGUUGGAGGAAUUUUUGGAUGAAUCCCCUUCCCAUCCUAAAGUAAAAGUGACUGCACUUGCGGUACUGUCUACCAUGAACUUUGAUCAUCUUGCAUGUUCUGAACAUAAAAGUCACAUAAGGGACAUAACGACAGCUGCUCUCUGUAGGAUUGGCAUUCCAUGGUGGUGCAGAAGGAAGUGUGAAGAGGUGAAAACGGAAGCUAAAACAAGAAGCAUGAACAAAAAAUUAAAAAAGAUAUUGCAUCAGUAAUGAAGCAUAUGUUGUUAUAAUUAUUGUUGUUAAAAUUCUGCUGUCCUAACAUGAAAGCUCCUAUCUGUAGAAUUUAAGUUUUGAGAAAAUCCGGGGUUUCUGUUUUUUUUCAUUGUAUAACAGAUAGUAUUUCAACAAACUCUCCAUGUUUUCAUUUAGAUAUAAUGUUGACGAACAGAACUAUUCCCGAUUAGGAGAUAUUGCAUUAUGUCCAUCACAUUCUGCAGAUAGGACCUUUCUUGUUAGCAAGGCAGACUUAUUGUUGUUAUAAUUAUUGUUAAAUAAAAAAUUA